CCUCGAGCUAUUUGCAUUAUUUCUGCUGUUGGUUUGAUAUCAAAUGUUACUCUACGGCAGCCAAAUACUUCGGGGGGAACUUUGACUUAUGAGGGUCGAUUUGAAAUCCUUUCUCUGUCUGGAUCCUUUACUCCAACAGAGUUUGGGGGUUCUCGUACUAGCAGAACCGGAGGGAUGAGCAUUUCUUUGGCAAGUCCUGAUGGUCGUGUUGUCGGAGGUACACUUGCAGGACUGUUAAUAGCUGCUAGUCCUGUCCAGGUUGUAGUGGGCAGUUUUCUACCAAGCAACUACCAAGAGGCCAAGCCAAAGAAACAGAAAGCAGAACCCAAAGCAAUACCUUAUGCAACGGUCUCUCCUGCUGCGCCCCAUAGUUCUAAUAUGGAGCCCAGAAGUUCCAAUGCACUCACUGUAAACAUUCCCGGAGCUGGAAAUCAAAAUAUUAUUUCUUCCUCCACCAUUCAAACAAAUCACUGGACCACUAUGCCAACUGUUCAAGACUCAAGAAAGUCUGCAACAGAUAUUAACAUAUCAUUGCAGGGAGAGUAGUCUAAGUCGACAUGAAUUCAUUCCCAGAUUCUGAAGCUCUUCACACGCAGUACCAUAAUAGUAUAACUUGUCUGAUCGGCUAUAACUCGUGUUAGGAUAGAAUCUAGAAUCUUGUCUUUCAGCUCAAGAGCAUGUAUUAUUGUUGUGUAGUUGCAGAUUAUUAGUUCUAGGGAACUUUGAAUGCUUUAAUAUAACACGUUUUGAUUAAAAGUUGAAGAGUCGUAGUUUCACCCA